UAAAUCGUAGUUUGUUAUUCAUCCUCCUCUUGGUGCCUUAAAUUAAAUUGUGGACCUCACACAAAAUCUGGAAAAAAAUGGAAAUCACGAUAUUCAAAAUCGAUCAAAGGAAGUUAAGAUACAGUUGGACCAGUUAUAUCAAUAGGAUACGAUACGAUAAGAUCUAACAAAGGACAUGUUAUCGUAUAGAACCAAAGGAUACAAUGGUUACGGUGUCCAAUACUCACCAUUCUUUGAUAAUAAAUUGGCAGUGGCCAGUGCUGCCAAUUAUGGAUUAGUGGGGAAUGGUCGAUUAUUUGUAUUAAAUAUUGAAAAUACAGGAAUGAUUCAAGAACAAAUAUCAUGGGAAACCCAAGAUGGUUUGUUUGAUGUGGCAUGGAGUGAAGUUCAUGAGAAUCAAUUGACUGUUGCUAGUGGUGAUGGAUCGAUUAAAUUAUUUGAUUUAACUGUUGGUCAAUUUCCGAUCAUGAAUUGGAAAGAACAUUCAAGAGAAGUAUUUUCUAUCAAUUGGAAUUUAGUUGAUAAAUCAAAUUUCAUAUCUACAAGUUGGGAUGGAACUAUCAAACUAUGGUCACCUCAAAGACAACAAUCAUUAUUAACAUUAGGAAAUAAUCAACUUCAACAACAAUCUAUAGCGACUCAACAAGUUCAACCAGCAGGUUCUUCCGUACCCUUAUCUCAUCAACAACAACAUCAACAAUCACAAUCUCAAUUAAGUACUGUCAAUUGUGUAUACAACGCUACAUUUUCUCCUCAUUCUCCAUCCACUAUCGUCAGUUGUAGUGGGAAUUCACAUUUGCAGAUAUGGGAUAUAAGAAUCCCCAAUCCUUUACAAAUGGAUUAUAUAGCUCAUGGAGGAUUAGAAGUUUUAAGUUGUGAUUGGAAUAAAUAUAAAUCAACCAUAGUUGCAUCAGCCGGUACCGAUAAAUCAAUUCGAAUUUGGGAUUUAAGAUUGAUUUCCAAAGUUGAUCAACAAAAUACCAUCCAACCGUCAUAUCAUACCCGAGGUCCAACACCAUUAAAUGAAUUAUUAGGUCAUGAGUUUGCGGUCCGUAAGAUUCAAUGGUCACCUCAUGAUGGUCAAGAAUUAAUCAGUACUUCAUAUGAUAUGAGUGUUAGAGUUUGGAGAGAUGAAUCUCAUGAACGAGCUCGAUUCCUUAAUCUUCAAAAUGGUGGAUGUAGAGGAGUAUUCAAUAAUCAUAAAGAAUUUGUUAUUGGAUGUGAUUAUAGUUUAUGGGGUGAACCAGGUUGGGUUGCAACUACUGGAUGGGAUGAAAUGGUUUAUGUAUGGGAUACCAAACGUUUAUAGUUGCAUAGAAUAGAAUACUUUUCUAAUAAAAUGAUAUUAAUAAUAAUAAUAAUAGAAAGAAACCCCAGUUUGUAUCUUAUAGGAAUAUUGAGGAUAUUCCUUUACAUUAGCGAUCUUACUAUAAACAGCACAUCAGUUAACGAUGAGGGUCACUAACCUCCUUAAUCCUAUUCUUCAUAGAAGCUUAUCAUUAUUCCCUGAACUCUAUUUUACCCAAAUCGAGUAAAAUUGAAAUCAAUCAUUACAUUUCUAUGAGCUCCACUUUAAUGGUUAAAUUUUCACUACCCAAAUUGGGUAACGCAAGAUUAAUCCACAAAAUUUUUUAUUUAAUUAUCAUUUCCUAAUUAGGAAAGUAGCCACAAAAGAAUCAAUUUUUAACAACAAAUAUUAAAAUCA